UGAAGCGGUCCAUUAACUAAACGUGCCCUCUUUGAGUAGUUUCUCUAUAGCUAGUCGCUACCCCGCUCCUCCUUCUCUUACUCCGCCAUUUCCUGGUUCUUUCCGUCACUUUCCCGGGAAAAUGUAACAAACACAAACACUGCUGGACUCUCCUUGAACUGCAUUCAGUCUGAAAUCAACCCAUUAUUUUAUAAUAAUAAUAAUAAUAAUAAUAAUAAUAAUAAUAAUAAUAACCAUGAAAAUCAAUGAAAGGAAGACAGGUUACAUUGUAGCAGAGGGGAAGAGGCAGAGAGAGACAGACAGAAAGUGAAGAAGCAAUCAAGCAACAGUGAAGACUUGCAUAGUAUUUAAGGGAAAUUAAAAUCCCUGAAAUUUUGGAAAAAAGGCGAUAGGUUUUGUUAUCCUUCGCCGACCCGAUCAACCGUUUUCUCUCUCUAUCUUCUCACUCUCUGACAGUGCAUCGUUCUUACUAUCUGUCUUUCGCAGCCAUGGCAUUUGAUCAAACCUCUGUUCCCUGCGAUCUAAGAUCACUAAAUGUUACUCGAGCUGUCGCCGAAGAGCCACUCGUUCCUCCUGCUAGUAAACCGCUUCAAACUGCAGAAUAUUUCCCUCCAAAUUCGGUUUGGGACCAUGUUAGCUCUGGUGCGGUGCCGCUUGUCUACCCUGCGUCUGUCUCUGAUGCUGGUUUGGUUAGAAUAGCGUACGGAAAUGUAACUUCGGCUAUUGCUUCUCCUACCUGGUGUGUUCGUCCUGCUGUUCCGGUUCACCCCAGUGUAAACCCCGCUGUUGGGCUUAAUUAUGGUUCAGGUUUUACCAAUCGGUUCAUGAGAGCCAAUGCCGUUGAUCUUUCGGGUAGUGUGGUUGCGGCUUCCCAUGGAUAUCCUAUUAAUUUGGGAAAUUCGGUUUCUGGUAAUGGCUUUGAUAAUGCCCUUCCUGGCAGCAGCAGGGUGGUUGGAAAUGCUGUUCAACAGAUAGGUGGUGCUGUUGUACCAGGCGGGAUUGGUUUUGGUUCCUUUCUCAGAACUGAUCAAGGCAGUAACGAGGGCAUGAAUGACUCAGUAUCUGGGCAAAAAAUGAAGCUAUUGUGCAGCUAUGGUGGUAAGAUUUUGCCUAGACCCUGUGAUGGAAAAUUGAGGUAUGUUGGGGGGCAAACAAGGAUCAUUAGUGUUAGGAGAGGCACGAGCUUCAAUGAAUUGGCACAAAAGAUGACUGAUACAUAUGGGCAGCCUGUGGUUAUCAAGUAUCAGCUCCCUGAUGAGGAUCUUGAUGCAUUGGUUUCGGUUUCCUGCCCUGAGGAUCUUGAUAAUAUGAUGGAGGAGUAUGAAAAAUUGAUUGAAAGGUCUCCUGAUGGCUCUGCUAAAUUAAGGGUCUUUCUGUUUUCUGCUUCAGAACUUGAUCCUUCUGGUGUGGUGCAGUUUGUAGACUUACAGGAUAAUGGGCAAAAAUACGUUGAAGCUGUGAAUGGAAUAAUAGAUGGGAUUAGUGGUAAACUGACAAGGAAAGAGAGUAUUACAAGUGCAGCUUCCACCCAGAAUUCUGAUUUGAGUGUGAUAGAAGCUCUUGAUGGCUCGAUUGCUGGUCAAGCCGAUGUCAGUCAAGUGCCUUCAUCUGGCAUGCCUGCGGGAAAUGGAACUGCUUCUCAGGAUUCUACUUCAAACAUGAAGGUUCCUGAAAGCAUUGCAUUAGUUUACUCAGAUGCUUUUGUGAUUCCAUUGGGCACUUCUGCAACUAAUUCUGGUCCAAUGCACAAUCCACCUUUUCAUAAUGAGGUCGAAUUAGAAAAGUCUGUGCCUGUUACUUUAUGCCAGGAGGAAUUUGGGUUGCAGCAUCCUGUAAAGGAAGCUCCACCACCUGCACCUAAUUUGCAAGCUUCGGACAUUACUGCAACUAACUCUGGUCCAAAUCACCGACAACCUUUCCAUAAUGAGUUGCAGUUUGAAAAGUCUGUGCCUAUUACUUUAUCCCAGCAGCAUAUUGGGUUGCAGCAACCUGGAAUGGAAAAUCCUCUGCCUGCACUUUAUAUGCACCCUCUGAUUGAUCCUUUCCCAGAAGUUAUGAACAAUGCAGAUUUUGUUCGGCUGCCUCGUCAGAUGGGGUUCUCAAAUCCUGAGCUUUUCAGCAAGACUGGGUCCAUAUACUCCCAGCAUCAAUUACAUGAAAAUACUCAUGGUCUUGUGUCCCAUCAAGUGGUCCCUGCUGUGCAAAUGACAAUGGCUCAGUCAUCUUCUCAUGCAGGUGUACAUUCAAAUGCUAUUCAACCACAACUAUUGCUGCAGAUGCAGCAAAAUGUCUUGGAUAAACAUAGUGAUGGAAAUACAUCAGGUGUAAGGAUUUUUCAGCUUCGUCCCUUCUGUCAUAGUUGGAGGUAGUUACAGCUGGGUUAGGGCUCCUCCACCAGAGCAUGUUGUUUUCCCUAAUGUAUUAUUACCCCAACAAACAUUAGUGAAUCCCGAAAAAACCCAAAGAUCAGCGGAUUGUUAUAUGUGUCAGAAAAAGCUACCCCAUGCACAUUCACAUAAUAUUUGUGCAGGUCUGGUUCCUGAUUCAAACCCAAGUUACCAUAAUCUCCCUAUGAAUGACAAUUCAAAAGCGCAGGCAACAAAUAAAGUUGUAGUAACUACAGCAACACCAGAAGGCAUGGUUGAGCAAGUAGUUGGGACCAGACCCAUGAUUGUUAGCAAGUCUGAGCUUGGAGCAGUGCAUUAUAAAGAAGCAACUGUGCUGUCCUGUAAUCUUGGGUCAGAGCCUGAAGGUGAGAGGUAUUUCUCACAGAAGCCAGACAAUUUGGAUCACCAGAAUAUAAUUGUCAAGGAAACAAUUGUAGGAGCUGGUGAAAAACAGUUACUAAAUGCUGGUCCCACAGGAACAGCACCACUGCCUUAUCUAGAUGAUGUUGUCUGUCAACAUGUGAUUCCAGUUGAAAACUGGGCUAAAGAAGAUGUAAUUGUUAAUAAACCUAUUACUGCUGAUAUGCCUUUAGUUGGUUGCGCAUCUGUUGAAACUUCUCAGUGUACAGUUCAAGAAUCUGCAAAAGGUUAUACCAAUGAACUCACUAGCGUUGCUUCAAAAGCAGAUAUUGUGGAGAAUUGGAUUGCAAAGGACCAUCUCAAACCUGUUGAUUUAAGGGUGGAAGCCCUCAAGAUAAUCAAUCCUGAAAGUUAUGCAGACAAACCUGAAGUUCAUGCAAGUUAUGAUAAAGUAGAUCACAGUACUCAGUGUUCUGUAGAGAAGAAAGGGGCUUUGGAUAACAACCUUAGUAGAUCAAGGUUGGAUGUCGACACAAAUCAAAUUAAUACGAUGGAUGUACAUCCUAGUUUUAUUAUGGAAGUUCCGUAUAGUAAUAAUUCCAGGCCAGCGGAUUAUAAUGAGGUUGCCCAACAAUCGAAAGAAGGUAAUCACAAGGGUGAUGUAUUCUCAUCUUCGACUUCACCAUCUGUCAGGUUUGGAGAUGCACAGGAUUCUUCAAACUCACUUUUUAGCAAUCAGGAUCCAUGGAAUAUACACGGCUCGUACUUUCCACCGCCUAGACCUAAAAAAAUUGCAUUAGAGAAAGAACAUUAUUCUUAUAAGGACCAGUUUGGUGAGAAUCCAGGCAACAGUGCUGAACAGAAUGUAGCAGCUCCAUUGGAUAAUGGCCUGGCAUUCAAACAGAAUUUAACUUUGGAAGAUGCUCGAUCUGCCAAGGGAUCAUCCCAGGACCAACAGCUUCAAGCAGUUGCUGAAGGCGUAGCUGCUUCUGUUCUGCACUCAAGCAUUCCUUCAAAUCCUGAAUUGCAUGCCAGAGAUGUUUCCUUUCUUAGAGAGAUAGAGGAUGGAUAUGUUCAAAAUAGUGAAAUAGAUGUACAGUGUAAUAGUACAGCACAGGAUGUAGAGAGCAAGCUUCCAGAGAAGGCAAAUUUUGGUUUUCCAAUUACAGAUCUUGGAGCAUUGCAGGUUAUAAAGAAUUGUGACCUUGAAGAGCUAGUAGAAUUGGGCUCUGGGACCUUUGGUACCGUAUAUCAUGGAAAAUGGAGGGGCACGGAUGUUGCAAUAAAGCGGAUUAAUGAUCGGUGUUUCGCUGGAAAGCCUUCUGAUUUCUGUUCUGACUUUUGGAAUGAAGCAAUCAAGCUAGCUGACUUGCACCAUCCAAAUGUGGUAGCUUUUUAUGGUGUUGUGCUUGAUGGUCCAGGAGGUUCUGUUGCUACAGUAACUGAGUAUAUGGUUAAUGGCUCUCUUAGAAAUGCCUUGCAGAAGAAUGAGAGGAAUCUUGACAAGCGCAAACGUCUUUUGAUUGCUAUGGACGUAGCUUUUGGUAUGGAAUACCUACACGGGAAAAACAUAGUACACUUCGACUUGAAAAGUGACAACUUACUUGUGAAUCUGCGAGAUCCACACCGCCCAAUAUGCAAGGUUGGUGACCUUGGUCUAUCAAAAGUGAAAUGUCAGACCCUGAUAUCUGGGGGUGUGAGAGGAACUCUACCCUGGAUGGCCCCAGAACUCUUGAAUGGAAGUAACAGCCUUGUCUCAGAGAAGGUUGAUGUGUUUUCAUUUGGUAUUGUCCUGUGGGAACUUCUCACUGGAGAAGAGCCAUAUGCUGACUUGCGCUAUGGAGCUAUCAUAGGGGGUAUUGUGAGCAACACUUUAAGGCCUCCAGUUCCAGAAACCUGUGAUCCGGAAUGGCGAUUACUGAUGGAGCGGUGCUGGUCAUCUGAGACAUCAGAAAGACCAACCUUCACUGAGGUUGCCAAUGAAUUACGCCAGAUGGCAGCCAAGGUCUCCCCCAAAGGACAAAAUCAAUAGCAACAACCUGGUUCAUACCAGAGCCAAAUGCAGAAAUGAUUUCUUACAAUAGCAGGAUGUUGAAAUCCAGAUUUGCAUCUGAUUUUCAGAUCAGUGCAUUCUGUAAUAUGUACAAGGUUUGUUAGCACUUAGUGUCAAAUAGUACUUAGUGUAAGGCCUUUUAGCAGUACAGUACAGCACACUUAAACCUCAAUGAGCUUUUUUGUAAUGUGCCAUUCUUCAGUAAAAAAAGAAAAGCGAAAGAAAAAAUAUUUUGAAUUUUUUAUUUUUUUAAUCUUUUUACAGUUCUUGAAAAAAAUGAUGGUGACAAAGAAUAUAGUAGUUUGAAUGAUAAA